UCGCAGUUCUCAAAAACCCGAACCAGAUCCUCAUCAUUACAAUAGCCUCUACUGUCUCUCUUCUCAUCCCCUUCUAACUUCCAAACCCUUUCUUUAUUAAUCAAGAUCGCGAUUCCCAACCUAACCUUUCUAUAUAUAUCUAUAUAUUAAUAUAAGUUCUUUCCCUCCCUCCAUUUUCAGUUAGUAAUCACACUUCUUUUCAGUUCUGUGAUGGUUAUGUUAAUGAGAAAUUAAUAAACAAAUUCUUUGGUUGGUAGUAGUGAUGGUUGUUUCCUCUUCGCCGAUGGCGAAAUCAGAAGUGCUUGAGAGUGAGGCCGCCACCGGUGGCUCCAAGAACGAUUGGGACACCCUACGUCGCUCUAUUUUGCGACGGAGGCCAUCCGUCGGAGGUUUCUUUGACGAUUCGUCGCUGCAACGGGACAUUCCUGCGGAAGAUAUGGUUAGUGAUUCCGGCUCUAAGGAUUUCGUCUCCGCCGCCUCCAAGAGCGGUGAGGGAGAAGAUAAGGAUCGUGUGAAUAUGGACAACGCUGCUGUUAAUACGAAUCGAGAAAAAGUGGUGGACGUCUCCGCGCUGAAGUUCCUUUACCGUCCUUCGGUUCCGGUUCAUCGAGCAGUGAAGGAAAGCCCGCUCAGCUCAGAUACAAUUUUCCAUCAGAGUCAUGCGGGCCUUUUAAAUCUCUGUAUAGUAGUGCUUGUUGCUGUGAACAGCAGACUUAUAAUUGAGAAUUUAAUGAAGUAUGGUUGGUUGAUUAAGUCUGGCUUUUGGUUUAGCUCAAAAUCCUUGAGAGAUUGGCCACUCUUCAUGUGUUGUCUUACACUUGCAAUAUUUCCAGUUGCUUCAUAUUUGGUGGAAAUUCUUGCCCAACGGAAGAAAAUAUCUGAACCAGCUAUUAUCUCACUUCAUAUAUUCAUUACAAGCGCUGCAGUCUUGUAUCCAGUCUUAGUAAUCCUCAGGUGUAAUUCUGCCUUUCUAUCGGGUGUCACACUGAUGUUAUUUGCUUGCAUUGUGUGGUUAAAACUGGUAUCUUAUGCGCAUACAAACAGUGAUUUAAGAGCACUGAGCAAAUCAAUUGAAAAGGGAGAAGAGCCACCCAAUAACCUGAAAAUGGAGUAUUCUUAUACCGUAAGCUUCAAGAGCUUGGUGUACUUCAUGGUUGCUCCUACAUUGUGUUACCAGCCAAGUUAUCCUCGCACGCCUUCCAUACGUAAGCAGUGGGUGUUUCGCCAAGUUGUUAAGCUGAUAAUAUUUACUGGAGUCAUGGGGUUCAUAAUAGAACAAUAUAUUAAUCCAAUUGUUCAAAAUUCUCAACAUCCUUUGAAGGGAAACCUUCUAUAUGCCAUUGAGAGAGUUCUGAAGCUGUCUGUUCCAAAUUUAUACGUGUGGCUCUGCAUGUUCUACUGCUUUUUUCACCUUUGGUUAAAUAUACUUGCGGAGCUUCUUCGAUUUGGUGAUCGUGAAUUCUAUAAAGAUUGGUGGAAUGCCCAAACUGUUGAAGAAUAUUGGCGAAUGUGGAAUAUGCCCGUGCACAAAUGGAUGGUCCGCCAUUUAUAUUUUCCAUGCUUAAGGAAUGGCAUACCCAAGGGUGUUGCGGUUCUGGUUUCAUUUUUUGUCUCUGCUGUCUUCCAUGAGCUAUGCAUUGCCGUUCCCUGCCACAUAUUUAAGUUGUGGGCUUUUAUUGGAAUCAUGUUUCAGGUUCCUUUAGUCAUGAUCACCAAUUAUCUGCAAAAUAAGUUUACAAACUCUAUGGUUGGAAAUAUGGUUUUCUGGUUCAUAUUUAGUAUUCUUGGUCAACCUAUGUGCGUACUGUUAUAUUACCAUGACCUGUUGAACCGGAACAAGGGAAUUGACUAAGCUUAGUAUUCCAUGCAUGUUAAUGAUGAGUUUUCCACUUCAAAGAGCAAUAAUUUUAGAUCUGUGGCCCUCUUUUGUUCUCUAUUUUCAAUAUAUCAUUGCUCUGGGCUCUAUGUAAUUUGAAGCUUCUUUGGAGUUAUCUCAUCUUUUGAUCUCCGCAGCAUUUCUUCUGAACUCAGGUUGCUUUGACACUUCUGCUUAUAUAUGCACGCAUGCACUUUUGAAGGUAAAAAGAACUAAAGUGGCUGUGCCAGGGGUUUUCAUUCAUCACCAUUUGUAAAUAACGGUGACAUGUUAUAGGACAGUUUAUGUAUUACUGCA